GUCAUGGCUAUCGACUUAUUUGUUACGGACCAGUCGUCAUGCCUUUCACUAACCCCGCCUUCUCAACAUUUCAACGUUGUCUUUUGUUCUCUCACGACGAACAGAUUUAUCUCAUCGGCGCUUAAAACCACCACCACUGCUGAAUUGAGCUCACUAUGCGUGAAAUUGUGCAUCUCCAAGCUGGCCAAUGUGGCAACCAAAUCGGCUCUGCCUUCUGGCAGACCAUUUCGGGCGAGCAUGGUUUGGAUAGCAGUGGCAUGUAUAAUGGGACCUCCGAACUACAGCUUGCGCGCAUGAACGUCUAUUUCAACGAGACAUCCAGCAACAAGUACGUGCCACGUGCCGUGCUCGUUGACCUAGAACCUGGCACAAUGGAUGCGGUGCGCUCCGGCCCGCUUAGCCAGCUCUUUCGUCCCGACAACUUUGUCUUUGGACACUCAAGCGCCGGAAAUAACUGGGCUAAGGGUCACUACACCGAGGGCGCCGAGUUAGUUGAUCAGGUACUGGACGUGGUCCGUCGUGAGGCCGAAGGCUGCGACUCCCUCCAAGGUUUCCAAAUCACCCACUCGCUCGGUGGCGGUACGGGCUCCGGCAUGGGCACGCUGCUGAUUUCCAAGAUUCGUGAGGGUGAGAUUGAUACCACUGAUACACAUUUCGAUGCACUGUCUCUCACGGUUCUAACCGCCUAUUUAGAGUUUCCGGACCGUAUGAUGGCUACCUUCAGUGUAGUACCGUCUCCUAAGGUUUCUGAUACCGUCGUGGAGCCGUAUAAUGCCACGCUGUCGGUCCACCAGCUGGUUGAAAACUCAGAUGCGACUUUCUGUAUCGAUAACGAGGCUCUGUAUGAUAUCUGCAAAGGUACCCUGAAGCUGUCGAAUCCUUCCUAUGGCGACCUUAACCACCUCGUAUCAACCGUCAUGUCUGGCGUGUCAACUUCGCUGCGCUUUCCCGGACAGCUAAACUCUGACCUUCGCAAGAUGGCCGUUAAUUUGGUAGGAAGACUCGUUUCAUCUAGGCACAUAUCACUGUAAUCGAAGAAUGUUGUGGCUAAGCAUUCCUCCUCGUCUAGGUUCCGUUCCCCCGCCUACACUUCUUCAUGGUUGGCUUUGCGCCCCUCACUAGCCGUGGCUCGCACUCAUUCAGUGCUGUCUCUAUCCCCG